AUGACCAAAAAAAGAAGUUUGUUAACGCGUCAUAUUCGUACACUACAUUCUCCUUUAUCUAUCGACGCUUCUCGUGAUGGACAGGGCAUUCAGACAGUUCGCUCUUUAUCACACUUAAAUUCAGCCGAAUCCAUCGACCAAAUACACAAUCGUAAUCGAUUAAAUAGGUCAUCAAGUCUGGAUACUGAAGAACGUAUUUCACGACUUGAACGGGGAAUGUCGUCAAUUCAAGAACAAAUGUCCACUGGGUUCGGGCAAAUAAAGAAAAUGCUGGAGCGUUCUCUGAACUCACAAGAAAGUUCACGACAAAAUCGACAAAUAGAAUAUAUUCAGGUUGAUGAUGAUGAUGACGAUAACGAAGAUGAACUUGAUAAACAAGACAAUGAGGAAUAUACCCCUGAAAAAGAUCUACAUUCGUUGCAAGAGACAGCACAAAAACAAUAUAAUAAGAAGCAUCGAAAAGAAAUAAAACGCAAAAAUCGAUUUAAUUUCCAUCGAUUAUACGAAGAAGUUCGGCGAGAUUGCACCACAAUUGGAAAAGGAUCUGAUCCCCGUAUCCAAUCACUUCUUGAACAACGUGGUAUUCGUGCAACAUUAAGUAUAGUUCGGGAUGUGUUCUCGGAUUUGCAUAAAAAUGGCCGACGUAAAUGGAAAGAAAGCCAGCUUAACGAGGCAGAAAUAAAACAAAAGAAAAUAAUGAGCCAUAUAAUCAACCGUUUAUCAGAAAAACGGGAUCGAAGGAUGAAGGGCGCAUUAGCCAUGAAGAAUCACCCUGAUUAUCAAAAAUCUUUUAAAAAACGCGGGAUCAAGGAUAUUAAUGAAAUAUUAAACAAGAACGAAUACCACUCUCCUGAAGAGAGUGAUCUGGAGAAUGAUCCAAACGCAUCCACAGACCGCAAAAACCUUUUUGUUUACAAAUUAUCAUGGAGAUCUGAUGAAUUAACGAAACUUCUACAUUCAAUUGACGAAUACGUGGAAAAAUAUUUUCCAGAAAAUAAGAGAGUACGUCCUCGUAUCCUUAAAGAUGAAUUUUGGAAAAAUAAGAAAGCACCACCAAAAUUAAUUUGGUGGACACUUAAAGACGGAAAGCGAGAAUCUCCCUCAGUCCAUAAAUCUAUUGACGAAGAGUCAGAUGAUGAGUCGGAAUCAGAUAGCGAAGAGGAGGAACAAAGUCAACAAAGUCUCAACGUCGAUAAAUUAGAUAUAAAUGCUGAAUCUGAUGAAGAAGAAGAGGGUGAGGAUGAGGAAGUUAUUGACAACAUGCGUGAUCAAUCGAAAAAAACAAAUAAAAAAUCAUCAUCCAAACCAUCGUCCCAAGAACAGGAACAUAUUCAUGAUAAUGUUCCUAAGAGAACCUCAAAAGAAAAAGAAAAAGAACAUCAAAGUCGAAAGAAAACUCCUGAAUCAGUUAAAGAAGGAAUUAUCACAAUUGAACGUGUUGAAGGAGCUGUUGAUUUUAUUGAAUGGUGA